AUGGCUUCAUCAUUGCAACCAAAAAGAAAUAAGAAAAAGCGGCAAAAUGGUCUUCCCAAUAGUCUUUUUACUCGUCUUCAACUUGUCAUGGCUCUUGACGAUUUUCCUGAUCAAUUGGAAGAUGCUUCAUCGUCAUAUGUAGACUCGUAUGAUGCUCGUGUUCUCGGUUCAUGCACUCUUGCUUGGCAUCUUCCGACGGAUCCGCUAAGUGUUUCAAAUUAUCGUCGUUGCAGUGUUAUACCCGGUCAAGUUCCAUAUUAUGUUCCACCUUUGCUUCCCUGUCCUCUACCAUCAGACUCUCGACCCAACAGCCGAAUUGUAAAACCAACCCAUGCUUCUAUUCUUCCUCUCCUCUUAACUGCUCGUCAGGUUCGUGUUGAUGUUCGACAAUAUGAUUUUGUGAGUGAAAGAAAUUCCCUUCGUAAAUUCAUGCUGAAUGAUGAAGAUUACAUAAUAAGUGUCAUGCGAUUCGAUAAUACAAUAUUUUUGAGACGCCACGCUGCGUAUCAUUCCAUCGACAGGAAUGAUAAGGGAUAUCGAUUCGAAGAAAUGUGUACUACUACGAGCAAUUAUUUGGAUGGUGAUUACCAUCAAUUGACCGAAGGACGAAUUGGUGAACUAAGGACGCUUAUUUUGGCUGAAACAGACGCCAUCAAACAAGAGAACGGAGAAGCAAUUGAAUUGAAGUGCCAUAAAAAUCUUCCGGGAAAAUGGAUGCAGCAUGAUUGGUGGUCACAAUCAUAUCUGAGUGGAACAAAUACGAUUAUUCAUGGUCGUCACUCGAACAAUCAAGCAUCAGAAAUUUCUCAUCUAGUUGAAUAUCGAGUCUCGCAAUUGAGCGAUAACCAAUCAAAGAUCGAAAGUUUCCAACGUCUCCAUCGAAUUCUUCAAUUUCUUCGCUAUAAUGUGGUUGAAAGACGAACUUAUUUGUUACGUCGGCAUCAUGAUCCAGUAGCGACAAAGAGUGAUUUGUAUUUUGAUUAUGAACCAGAAUUACCACCAUUAUCAACCAAUGAAUAUAGAGAUGUAUCAGAAAUUGGUGAAGCGGAAGAUCCAUCGCCGGAGGAAGAAGCUAAAAUUCGAGCGGCAGAAAAACCAGCUGCUGAUGAAGAUGAAGAAAAAGAUGAUGAUUAA